GGUUAGGAAUGAGUCAUCAGCUCACACUGGUGCCAGACUUGGAAGCUGUGGAAAAUUUGACAUUUGUACAUAAGCUGAAACUUUUUUUUUUAAAGUUUCUUCAUUUUGUUCCUAUGCAGCGGGUAUUUGCUAGCUUCCUUAAUGCCUGUCAAAAUACCUUCUGGUCCCAUACUCCCUCUGCUGUUCAAACGGUGAAGCUACAGGGACCUUGAUCGACAAAGGGCAUUUUUCAUUUAAUAACCAGAUAAACAUUUAAUUUAAUUUUACAAUGUAGAAGCCCCUGGCUGCACAAGAUUCUGGAUGGCUUAUAGUUUUAAAAGCAAGAACAACCAAGAAAGUCAGAGAUAUCCAGCUAAAACAAUCCAUGACAACUCAAACAACUCAAACUACUGUAUCCCAAGACUUGGGAGAAUAGCUGUGUUUUUAGCCAUUUUCUGAACAUUAGGAUGGGAACUGUUCAGAGGACACUGCUCCAGACAGCAGGUGCUCUUCAAGUCCAGCCACUCGGGUUAAUUGAGCUUUCCAAAAACCAAAACACAACUUUAAGGGGUCCUGAGGGCUCUGAGUUUGGUUGUUUUCUUGCAGAUGUUUCAUUACCAAACUAGGUAACAACAUCAGUGCAUGGACUCAUUUCAACUCUGAGCUACAAAUAUUCCCUUCUAUAAGGAUCACAACUUUAAGUCCCAUGUUGUCUGGGGAAGGUCUUAAUCUUGGGCUGGCCAAGAUUGGACACCCCAACUUAGCCUUUUGAGUGAGCAAUGACUGUUUUUUAACAACAUCUCUGCCUGUAACUCCUCCAUUCUUGUUGAAGCCUCUCGCAGCCCCAUCAUGUCCCCCAGACUGGCUAACACGAAGCCUGGUGCUGUCAGUUGAAUAACAUAAACCAGAAUUACUGGGUUCCUUGUGGGAAGUGGACCAAAAGCUGCUGAGACUACAAGUCCCAGAAUUCCUAACAAGGAAGAAAAAUACUUCUGGAGAGGGGGGCUAUAACGUCAAGCCGUUCCCUGGCAACGCCUUCCCGACAUGCUUCGAGCGCAGUUCAUGGCCUCCUAGAGCUCCGAAGGCUCCCAGCGUACCUUGCGCGUCUCCAUGGUUACCAGCGCAGGGCGUCCAACUGAGGCCUAGGCCGCUGCGGCCUGGCAGGCGAAAUGAGGCGAUCGGGCGGACCGGCAUCGCCGCUUCUGCUGAGGCGCUCCGCUUUCUUCCUGUUGCUGCUGCCAGGGGUUUGCCCGUCCACGGCCGGGCCUACGAGCGAAGCCCCUCCGAAGCCGUCCACCAGUCCGGGCGGAGCCACCGUGGCGGGAUCAACGACAGAGCCCCCUCCUCCUUCGCCCCUGAACCGGGCGAUCUCGACGCCGGGCCCCGUCGAGGCAUCCAGUCCGCCUCUCACGUCUUCCCAAACGCCGCCUCAUGUCGGCUCGUGGCCGGCGCCCGUGACCAAGGUGACUGAGCUAUGCGUCUGUGACCUGCUGGAGGAUCAAUGUGACAUAAACUGUUGUUGCGAUCCUGUUUGCACGGCUGCGGAUUUCAGUGUUUUUACUGCAUGUUCCGUUCCCGUUGUCACAGGUGACAGGCAUUUCUGCAAGCAACCAGAAGCCCACUAUUCAAUAGAUCAAUCAGCUCAGCCUCCAGAAAGGAUAUUUCAGCUAGUUGAAAAAGUCAACCCUUCUGUGUUCUGCCUUCAGACCUCCAACUAUAAGGCUGGCCUCUCCUUCCAAGCUCCAGAAAUACCCACUCUGCAGAAUUUUGAUAGGCUCCUUCAAGAAUUUGACAGGGGCAGCUUUGCUACUGGAAAGGAUCUUGUGCCGGAAGCAGAGUCUGAGACCCUGCAGGAGGCUGGUGCAAACGACACCAGCAGAUACAAAUUUAAGGAUCUCAUUCAAACAACCAACGGCUUUCUGAGGCUGCCUGCUCCACUUUUUUCCCAUUGUGCUCAUGAGAAUCCUGCAGGUUUCUUAAUGACCCAGGCUGAAAAAUGCAACACGGCGAUCAAAAUGGAUGAAUGUUCCACCCUUCCCGAACUCAGCAUGCUGUUUUACAGCAAUUUUAGCAUUUUGGCAGUACCAAAUUCCAGCCGAACCGUUAACGUCACCAUCCAGUCCGUCACAGUUCAGACGCCAGAGGGGCUGCGCACUCGCCUGGCUAAUGCAGAUGUUGUGUUGCUCCCUGUGUUAAAUGAUCAGUCGUGCAGCAAUCUUGUUCUUGAGGCCAGUUACCUCGUUACCUUUACUGAGGCAGGUGAAAUCCUGGGGGCAGCCAUCUCGCUGGUCCUGGGGACAGUUCCUAUCAGCGCUGCUUUUCUGCAGCAGAGCUUUGCUAUCCGUUUCAUACAGCAAGAUACUCAGCCCGUUCCUUUCAGUGGAAGCCCAGGUUAUCUUGUUGGGUUGCCAAUAAGAGCUGGAUUUAGAUCAACUGGCUCUGGAGUCAUUCAGAGUUUGAACGAAGGAAGCCAGCUGACCAUGAUGAAAAGCACCACAGCCCAGGACUGUUUCCGGGCGGAAGGGAGCCGAACUCCAGUACUCUUUGGGUACAAUAUGAUGUCUGGAUGCAAAGUGCGAAUUACCAACAGUGUCGACUGCACACUUCUGGCUCCAGAGCUCCUAAGGGUGUUGAAGGGCCAAAAUUUUCCAGACUAUGUGGCCUCUUUUGGAGAUUCCUUGCCUCAGAACGGACCAGACUGGGUCCAAAUCUCUUACAAUUCCACCAAACCGGCCACCUGUGAAAUCCCCGUGUCCUUUGAAAUGGAAGUGAAGUGGACUAAAUACGGCUCCUUGGUUAACCCCCAGGCUAAAAUUGAGAGCCUCACAGUGAUCAUAACAACGGCUGCCUUACCCAAGGUCGAUUCAGGAAGUGAAAGCAUCGUCCAGAUACUCAGCGCCGUUUCCUUUGUUGAUAUCUCUGCCCCUGCCCAGCCAGGAUACAAGGCUUGGCCCACCAUUGAGGCCCACCUGCCCUUUGAUUUUUUCUUCCCGUUUGUUUAAAAUCCAAAGAUACCAGCUUUAUUUUUUAAAAAGUGGGAAGCUUUCUUCAGAUCCACGCUGAAGUUGAAAACAGCUGUUGCAUCAAAGUGAGCAGAGGCCAAAGCCGUUUCUGCCAGCCUCAGCUUUGGGAGGACCUUGGCAGAGCUUGAUGGAAGAUUGUCUUGCUGCUGCUGCUAGUUCAUAAGCGAAUACGGACUGAGGCACGGAUUCUGCCAGGUGCUGCUGCGCAAGAGAGACACGCAGAUGGGAAGGCUGGGAGUUGAAAUCCAUGCAUUCAGCGGGCCCCAGAUUGGGGGAACUUUGCUUGCUAUGCCCAAGAGUGUAAAAUGCAAUAGUUAAC